UUGGCUUCCCUUGUAGUCAUGUUGUGGUCAUUCACGCAACUCCACUUUGCACUGCUUGGUGGUUUCGCUCUUAAUCUGAUGCUGCUAGUUCAUUCCCAAGAUCUUCAAUCAGGAUUCAUUAGCAUAGAUUGCGGCCUCCAAACAGAUUCAAGUUAUGCUGAAAACGUAACAAGCAUUAACUAUAUUUCAGACGCAACCUUCAUAGACACCGGCGAAAGUAAAUCCAUAUCGCCUGAUUACAGAGAUAACUAUACACAGCCAUCCUGGUCUGUUAGGAGCUUCCCCGAAGGAGCCAGGAAUUGUUACAAAAUAAAUGUUACACCAGGCAACAAAUAUUUUAUGCGGGCGGGUUUUGCAUAUGGGAAUUAUGAUGGCCAAAAUAAGAUACCAGAAUUUGAUCUACACCUUGGACCUAAUUUAUGGGAUACAGUUAGGUUCGAAUAUGCCUCCCAUGUAAGCACUUACAAAGAGCUCAUACACAUCGCACUUCGAAACUAUAUACAUGUUUGUUUGGUGAACACAGGCUCUGGGGUUCCGUUUAUAUCUUAUCUAGAACUCAGGCCUUUACCUAAUGCAUCUUAUCAAACGACAACGGGGUCAUUGGCACUUGUAACCCGGCGUGACAUGGGCCAAAGACCUUAUAGGAGAGGAUACAGGUAUCCAUUCGAUAUUCAUGAUCGCUUCUGGAGUUACUAUAAUGAGCUUGAUGAAUGGACACAAGUAAGUACCUCAUCCACCAUCGAAACUGAAUCUGACAACCCUUUCCAACCACCAUCUGUAGUUAUGAGUACUGCUUCGACGCCAAAAGAUCCAAGUGAUUCCUUGAGUAUUAUUUACGUAUUGCCGGACAUAAAUGCAGAAUAUUAUAGUUACCUGCACUUUGCAGAAGUUGAAAGGGUCAACCAAUCUAGAUUCCAAUACAUUUUUAGGAACGGACGCCGCACUUUUGGGCCAUUUGCUCCUCCUCGGUACUUGUCCUAUACCGUUUACAGCACUGGGGCCUGGAGUUCUUAUGCACAAUAUGCUAAUAUUUCAAUCACCAGGGCUGAGAACUCUACCCUUCCACCCAUCCUCAAUGCUUUCGAGAUUUAUAUGGUUAAAAAAUUUAUAGAAGAAGAAACAAGCCAAGAAGAUGUUGAUGCAAUGGCAAACAUCAAGUCAACUUACAAAAUCAAAAGGAAUUGGCAAGGAGAUCCAUGUGCCCCUCAACAUUUCGUUUGGGAAGGUGUAAAGUGUAACUACCAAGACUUUGAGUCACCAAGAAUCAUAUCCUUGAACUUGUCCUCGAGUGGCUUAACAGGGGAGAUAGCUGCUUCUAUAUCCAAUCUCACAAUGAUACAGUCUUUGGAUUUAUCAAACAACAACUUAACAGGACCAAUCCUAGACUUUUUGUCUAAACUCCCAAAUUUGACUGUCCUAAAUUUGGAGAAAAACAAGUUCACAGGCUCGGUUCCGGUAGGACUGAUUGAAAGAAAGAAUAGUGGUUUUCUGUCACUAAGUUUGUGCGAUAAUGCACAUCUAUCUCAAUAUGUUUCUUGCACAUUGAAGAAGAAGCACAGUUUCGUUAUUCCCAUAGUAGUGUCAAUCGCUGGAAUUUUGAUCCUCUUAUCAGUUGUAGCAGCUAUCUGCUGGUGGGGCUUCAAAAGGAAAAGGCAGCAUGGAGAUGUCAUAGAUGCAAAAGCCAUCCCUCAAUACGGGUCAUUAGAAUCAACAAAGCGACAGUUCACAUAUUCUGAGAUAAUAAAGAUGACCAACAACUUUGAGAGGGUCCUCGGCAGAGGUGGAUUUGGAACCGUGUAUCAUGGCUACAUUGACCAUACUCAAGUAGCUAUAAAGAUGCUUUCAGCAUCAUCUGUUCAAGGGUUCCAACAAUUUCAUGCAGAGGUUACUCUUCUUAUGAGAGUUCAUCAUAAAAACUUGACAAGCCUUGUUGGAUAUUGCAACGACGAAACCAAAGUAGGGCUUGUCUACGAGUAUAUGGCCAAUGGGAACUUAUUGAACCAUCUUUCAGAUAGCAGAUCAAGUAUGUUGACUUGGGAAGAUAGACUUCGAAUAGCAACAGAUGCUGCACAAGGGUUGGAGUAUCUGCAUUGUGGUUGUAAGCCACCGAUAAUGCACAGGGAUGUGAAAUCAACAAACAUCUUGCUGAAUGAAAGUUUCCAAGCCAAAAUAUCUGAUUUUGGCCUAUCCAGAAAUUUCCCUACUCAUGAUGGAACUCAUGCAUCCAGCCUUCUUGCUGGCACUCCUGGCUACCUUGAUCCUGAGUUCUACCUAUCAAACAGGUUAAAUGAGAAAAGUGACGUUUAUAGCUUUGGGGUUGUGCUGUUGGAGAUUAUCACAAGCAGACCAGUUUUAACGAGGACGCAUGAGAGAAUUCACAUAAGUCAAUGGGUUGGUUUCAUGCUUGCAAAUGGAGACAUUAACAACAUCGUCGAUCCGAGGUUAGAGGGAAAUUUCAAUACCAACUCCGUCUGGAAAGCUGUGGAAAUAGCAAUGGCAUGUGUAUCCGUAAAUGCCAUCAAGAGGCCAAGCAUAAGCCAAGUAGUGGUGGAUUUGAAGGAGUGUUUGGCAACAGAAUGUGCUCGAACAAAUCAUAGCCGUGUAGCUGAAUUGGAUAAUUCCAAUGCGUUAAUGGCUGACAAUUCGAUCGUUAGGCUAACUCCCUCCGUGAGGUAGUACUGGUACUAGUACAUAAUGCUUCUGCUUGAGUUCCAUUGUGCCUCUGUAGCUAAUCAUGAAAAGAAGCAUGAAUUUGGGCUCUUGUUUUGGCUCUGUUCUAGACUUCUAGUAUUGAUAUAAGUUCUUCACAUCACAGAAGUUAGGCUUAUCUUCCAUAUUUCUUGGAUGUUGUUCAAGUCCAUGAAUUAGGACUCUUGUUUGAGCUCUGUUCUUGUAUUAACUUAAGGUCAUAUUACCAUAAAUAUUAGGCCCCGUCUCCGAAGUUUUCAAUUUUCUUGCGUAUUGUUAUGUUUACAUUCUCUUGUUUUAUUUUUUUUUAUUUUUUUUGUGAAGCUCAAUGGUAAGAGGGAAAUUCUAUAUAUACUAAAGCCCAAUGCAACUAAACACUGUAGUUAAGCACAGUAUAAUGACGGAAAUGCCCCUCAUUUUGCUGUUGUUUUCGUUUUGUUUUUUCUUCAUAACAUUAAAUUGACGAAACUGCCCUCAACUAAACAGCUUCUUUUGUUCCCGUUUUUGCCCCUUCCCCUUCGUUGCGAAGGUUUCGUCCGCUCAGAGAAGUGCCCAUUUUCAGUCCGUUUCGAACCAGCUGGUUGGGGGGCAGCCAUGGAAGAUUUGCAUUCAUUGUUAGACAUGCGUGGGGGGCCGUCGAUUUUUGUUUGGGAGGUGCGCUGCAAAUCCAGCCGCACUUUUAGUCUUCGUCUCACAGAUUUGUGGUCGGGAGAUUUCUCAUCCUUUCUACAGCCUUCGACUCAGACUUCCAUCUUUCUUGCUUGCGAAUUUUUGCAUCCUUUGUCUUCAGGUUCUUGGGUAAUCCCUAAUGCUUUAUUUAUUUAUUUUUUACGAAUUUGGGUUCAUUUAUUUGGUUACUUUGAUUUCAGGUUCUUGGGUAAUCCCUAAUGCUAUAUAAGAGGAGCUGAGGUUCUUGGGUAAUCCCUAAUGCUAUAUAAGAGGAGCUGAGGUAUUUAUAUUUCACAACAUAUUGGGUUCUAUCAGGAAGGGGAUUGAAUCUCACAUAUUAGCUCAGCUUGAAUACACCAAAAGGCAAGGGACUAGACAUUUGCAUUCUGCUGUCAUUUUCGAGGGUCAAGACCUCCAUCAAAGAGAAGAAAAAUCAUGAAGAAAUUGCAAAACAAAACUCGCCCAAUUAAACAGCAUGCUGCUCUAAACUAUCCAAAUUUUGCUAUUUUGAUGGCUGCUUCCCACUAUUAACAUCUCAAUGUAUAUACAAACAAGUCUACUAUUUUAACAUAACAAGUAGCCUGUAAAAUAUGUUAUUACUUACUUUUUUGCAACUUAUACUCCUUUAGUUAAACAUAAUGCUAUAAGUUAAAUCUCAUUGUAUAUAUAAACAAUCUUACUUUGUCUACGCAAUUUCAAAACCCGCAGCAUCGCGCGGGCUUUUCUGCUAGU